CAUGUGACGUCAUGGCUACCACCCCUGUAGCGCAGCCAUUUUCAGUCAUUCAGUCUUAGACGUUCAGGGAGGGUGGAGGGAGCUUUGUACCACAUCUACCGCACUUCUACCACACCUCACCUCACCACCACAGCCGCCAACGCGCGCACAGAAGGUCAUUCACAGCAACACAGCAGGCAAGACAGUGUUCGUGCAGCCUGCCACAGCCCACCACAGCCUGCCACAGCCUGCCACAGCCCACCACAGCCUGCCACACUUCACCACAGCUGCCACACCUCUCCACCACCCACCACAGCCCCUCCCCCACCAGUCCAUGGCCCACUGACCCCAUGAAGCCCUCCCGCCCCUCCAGCAUCAUGGGGGGCUUGCGGUAGCCAGCAUGGGGCAGACUGCGAGCCACCACCAUCACCACCACCACUACCACCACCACCACUGCCCCAUGGACGCCCCGCAGGACUCCCCCGCCUCCCCCAGGCAGGUGAGGCAGCGCGUGCAGCAGCAGCAGCAGGAGAGGGAGCAGGGGGGGGCUGCCGGGGGAGGUGUGGGGCCCGGCGGGUGCUGUGGGGCGGCCUCCUGCAGCUGUGGGGGCGGCCUCUCCUCCACGGCGGCCCUGUACGGCACCACCCCUGCCCCACGCACCCCUGACCCCGCCCCGGCCCGCCCCGUGGUGGUCACGCCGCCCCGGUCCCUGCCCCCACACCACCACCACCACCACCACCAGUGGCCGGAGUCGCCGUCCACCCCGGGGGGCGUGAAUCCCUCCGCCUCCCCCAGCGGGUGCAGCUGUGGGCCGGGAGGCGGGGCGGGGCGGGGCUGCAGCCACUGGUGCUCCGCGUGUCGGGUGCGGGUGCAGCUGCAGGUGGAGUGCGUGGGGGGCGUGGAGGGGCGCCCCGCUGCCUCCAGGGGCGGCCGCCUGCGCACCCUGGCCUUCCCCAAGCGUGGCCGCCACAAGGCCAAGGCUCCGCCGCGCGACGCUCCACCGCAGCCCAAGAAGAAGAAGGCGCCGUGGACGCUGCGCCUCAACUGUCGCCUGCGUCCCUCCAAGGCUGAGGCCGAGGAGCCCCCCGGCGCGCCCCAGGGCGCCACGGCCAGCGUGGGCUGUGGGGGCUGCAUGUGCCCCGGCCUGCGCCGCCCAGACCCAGACCCCCUGCACCCCCUCCACCACCUGCACCUCCACCACACCCGCUCCGCCCCUGAGGAGGGCGUGGGGGGCGGGGAGCGGCGUCCCCCGGCGGGGCGGUGGCACUGCGGGCGCCGGUCAUCGACCUGUCGCGGUUCAACCCUGAGGCAUACCCCAUCGACGACUGGGAGGAGCGGGCGCGGCAGGAGCGGGCGCGGGAGAUGGCGGAGGGCGUGGAGCCUCCCCCGGGCUUCACCUCUGACCCCGGCCCGACGGGCGUGGGAAGCCUGGCCCUCACACACCUGCAGCUGCAGCACCAGCACCACCUGCAGCUGCAGCAGGCCGGCGCGGCGCCCCGCCAGCCUGCCGGUGCCCUACAACCCCAUGCUGGACCUGCACCUGCUGCUGGAGCGCUCCCUGCGCCUGGGCCUGGCGGGGCCGGGGGCGCUGCUGCAGCAGGUGGGGCGGCUGGCGGGCGGGGCGGGCAGCGGGGGGGCGGAGGGGGCCCUGCUGCAGCGCACGGUGCACACGCAGGUGGACUACAUCCACUGCCUGGUGCCGGACCUGCUGGCCAUCACCAACUGUGUGUUCUACUGGGGCAAGAUGGACCGCUACGAGGCGGAGCGCCUGCUGGACACGCGGCCCGAGGGCACCUUCCUGCUGCGGGACUCCGCCCAGGAGGAGUACCUGUUCUCCGUGUCGUUCCGGCGGUACGGGCGGUCGCUGCACGCCCGCAUCGAGCAGUGGAACCACCGCUUCAGCUUUGACUCCCACGACCCCGGAGUGUUCGCCUCGGACACCGUGUGCGGCCUCAUCGAGCACUACAAGGACCCCUCCUGCUGCAUGUUCUUCGAGCCCAUGCUCACCAACCCCCUGGCCCGCACCUUCCCCUUCCCCCUGCAGCACCUCUGCCGCGCCGCCAUCUGCUCCGCCACCACCUACGACGGCAUCAACCGCCUGCGCCUGCCCAAGCCCCUGCACACCUACCUCAAGGAGUACCACUACAAGCAGCGCGUCAGGGUGCGCAGGCUGGACCACUAGGACCCCACCCAUGCCCCACAACACCGCCACCACCACCGCCACCACCACCACUAGCCUGCCCAGUACUGUACCGCCCCAGCCUGCGCCGCUUCUGGCAGGUCACAGAGGCAGCCUGCGCCACCCCCAGCCUGCCCCCCCCCUCCACCAAGGUCUGUGUGUGUGUGUUGUCAGUGGACGCACACACGCACACACACGGCCUACCCCAGUGUGCACAUAAGAGUAAUGUGUGUACGUGAUGCAAAAUAAACGCACACAGUUCAUUAAAACGCACAUGACAAACGAACGCACACACAAACAUUUAAAGCCAGUCGUGUGCAUUUGUGUGCGUGUGUGUGUGCGCGCGUCAACCAGCCAACCCACGCGUACAUGUGUGUGUGUACGUGUGUCUGUUUUCCGAUGCCAAAGCUGUGUGCGCGAAUUUACACACACAGACAGACAGACAGACAGGCGUGUACACAGAUGUUUACCAUAAACAGUAUUUGUGUGUGUGUGUGUGUGUGUGUGUGUGUGUGUGUGUGUGUGUGUGUGUGUGUGUGUGUGUGUGUAUUUCUGUGUGUGCGAGCUGGUGUACAUAACCUGUAUUCUGUGUGUGUGUGUGUGUGUGUGUGUGUGUGUGUGUGUGUGUGUGUGUGUGUGUGUGUGUGUGUGU